AUGUUUAUCAAUCAUGCUAUCCGUUUUCUUAUUAUUAUUAUUUUGAUAUUCAUUAUUAUUCCUGCGAGUUCUACAUUUGAGAAUAGUGAACAGCAAUAUGUUGAUGAUAUUUUCAUCAAGUCUGAUCUAAUCGCAACUAUUUUCCCGCUUAUUCACCGCCAGCCAUCGAUUGAUAAAGCAAUUAAUUUACAUGGGCAAUCAAUUUUUAAUAAAGAUAAUAUGCAGUCAGCAGAAAAACAAUUUCAUUCGGUUGAAAAAACAAAAAAUUCCAUGAAAUUUUCAAGAGACAAACGUGGUUGGUUUUUUACAAAUUCUGAAAAAUUGGAUAAGAAUGCUGAUUUCAUGUCGAAUAUAAAAAUGCAGCAAGGUGUAUUUGGACAAAAAAUAUGGCGACUGACUGCGCCUAGACGUCGUCCUUCGUUAUUAAGAAACUAA